AUGAAAUUCACGAUUUCUCCUAUACUUUUUGGAGAUAUUACAUUGCAACUUGAAAUUUGUUCUGAUGAUACCAUUCAUCAAUUAAAACAAAAAAUCGAAUCGAAAUUCAACAUAAACACCGAUGACCAAGAACUAUUUCUUGGAGACAAGAAGCUUGAAGAUAUUCGUACAGUAAAUUAUUACAAAAUUUUUACGGACGAAAAAGUUAGGAUAGUACGAAAGGCUGAAGGUUUUAUGCAAGUGUACAUUGUUAGCGCUUUAACAGCACAAGCUGGAAAAUCUACGACUAUCAUUCUCAAAAAAUCCGAUACAGUACUCGAACUGAAAAAAAAAUAUUUUGAAAAGAGUUUGAUUCCAGUAGAAGAGCAGACGUUGAUAAUUAAUAAUCAUCAAUUAGAAAACGAUAAACUCUUGUCGGAAUAUGAAAUCAAAGAUGGGAUGAAAAUUUAUUUAGUUAGAAGAUUGCGUGGAGGCUUCUACUUGGUUUAA